AACAUAACACAUUUAAUUAAUUUAAUGUGCAUCGGAAAUGCUCAAGGUGGACUGAUUAAAUUCUGUAAAGCCAAACAUCAACGACCUCGCGAACACACUCCAUGAUACACACACGGGCACAGCAUUUGGUUUCCUUAGCAGCGGGAGGAGGACGAGGAGGAGCUAAGGGUUUACUUGUUAUGCCACAUCGUCCAACACAGAGCCAUCUACGAUAACGGCGAUAGCGGUUUAAAAAGGCCCUGUGGCCAUGGCUAAAGACCCAUUAGCUGAGGCUGGCUUUUAUUUUGAUGAACUCAACAAGCUACGGGUACUGGAGCCUGAUACCAGCCAGAAAACCUCAGAGCUCAAGGAAGAGUGUAAAGAAUUUGUGGAUAAAAUUGGCCAGUUUCAGAAGAUAGUGGGAGGUCUAAUUGAGCUGGUGGAUGAAUUGGCAAAAGAAGCGGAGACAGAAAAGAUGAAGGCAAUUGGAGCCAGAAACCUGCUGAAGUCGGUGGCAAAGCAAAGAGAGGCUCAACAGCAGCAGCUUCAGGCUCUCAUAGCCGAGAAGAAAAUGCAACUUGAGAGAUAUCGUAUCGAGUAUGAAGCCUUGUCCAAAGUGGAGUCAGAGCAGAACGAGUUCAUCGACCAGUUUAUUCUGCAGAAGUGAGGACGGGACUUGACAGCAGAGAAUGUACCACUUCACGUUUCCAGAGUGCCUGUUCUGUUUCUUCAGAGUGACUGCUGCAACUAUUUUUCUGAAGCAAUCCCAAAGCUCCAACAUCCUAAAACGUCUUCACCUUCUUUCUGACGUGUGUGUGUGUGUGUGUGUGUGUGUGUGUGUGUGUGUGUGUGUGUGUGUGUGUGUGUGUGUGUGUGUGUGUGUGUGUGUGUGUGUGUGUGUGUGUGUGUGUGUGUGUGUGUGUGUGUGUGUGUGUGUGAAGCAGCAGCUGUCAGCACGUGUGAGGAUCUACAGUGUUGUAAGCUUGAAUAUUUAUUGAAACGUUCCAUUCAUACCAAAUGUCUCAGCAUCUCAAACCAACAUUAAAGAAGAUGGAGCUAUUUAUACAAAGGAAUAUUAUUUAUACUGAAGAAUUAUUCUGUAUAUCUAGAUUUAUUAAUUUUUGUAUCAAUUGAAAUACUGCUUGUGCAUGCAUCUGUAAAUACAAUUUAAAAUUAAUCCUGAUUUGAUCAUCUGUACUUAUUGUUUUUAUUGUAUUCUUCUGGUACAACCCGUCAGUGGGCACAGCACAUGUGAAACACAUUGUUCUCUUCUUUCUUUCUGUAUGCAUGCCAUUGUCUUUCAUGUAUUCACUUAGAUGACGAAUGGUUAUACUUGAAUAAAUACUGUAUUAUAUUGCA